AUGCGGAAGUCGGAUUAUCCUGACUAUGUUUUAUACAACAGGAGUUCUUUACUAUCAGAUAGUGUCAAUACAAAUUCAAUAAAGAGAAAACGGAAAAUUCUUUUGGACUGUGGAGGAAAUAUUGCGUCUACCGUUGAACUAUUCCGAGAGACGUACCCCGGAGGCCACGAAUUUCUUAUCCAUUCCUUUGAAAUGGAUCCCAGCCUUGCUCCAUAUUAUGCACCGUACUCUGAUGUGGUCCUACACAACCCUGUUGCUGUGUCAAAUAAAGAUGGUUGGACGGUGUCAUAUCUAGAGACUACCUGGUUUCCCGAAAGAGGAUUGAGAAAGACAAAAGAUUGGAUGAUGGGAGGAGGGUCGCUGUUCCCGUAUGAAGACGAAAAGAAGGACAACAUAACAGGAGGUGCCAGAAACCUAGCUCGCCACAUCCGUGUUAAAACCAUCGACUUCUCACGGUGGAUCCGUGAACACAUCAAUGAAGAAGAUUAUGUCAUCUUUAAGUUGGACGUGGAGGGAGCUGAAUACGAUAUCUUACAACAGAUGGUACAUGACGGUACAUUUAAGCUUAUUGACAAAUUUUACGGGGAGACCCACUUCUGGCACCCUACUGGCUGGAGUGCCAGUAAGAGGCAGGAACUUAUGAAAAAAGUCAGAAUGACUGGAUUUACUCAGACGUACUGGGCAGGAGAAGAGAGAACUUAUGCCGACUUCGACGCUCUGCAUCCAUUUCAGAAUCAGCUAUACCCUUACGGAGUAUUUGAGAUGCAAAACAUCAAUAUAACUCGCCAGAGUGUGGUCAGUUCUGAGAUGCGUCUGAACGAAGUAGGAAUACCCGUCCUCUACUAUCUACCAGUCACUGUACAGGACAGGAUCAAGACUGUAGCUGAGAACCGGAAACUCAGGAUAAUAGUCCCCACUGUUACAUUUCCACCAAAAGAUGAGAUCUUGACGUGGGAAAACUAUUAUCAACACCAUGACGUGGCGCGGGUUCCGAAGGCACUCCGUCUGAUUGACAACCAGCUGAAGGAAAGUGGUGGAAUCCUGUCUUUAGACUCCGACAACCCCGACAGCGUGAUGAUCUCUGUGUUCCUGAUGGAUUAUCUGGUGGAGAAGUCUCAGUUUGAGAUUGUCAGCCUCGGAAAGUGUUUCUAACAGUAUAAAAAGGGGAAUAGAAAGGAAAAAGGAAGGUGUUUGUAAUUGUACUUGUGGCAUUCAAAUUAAAGGGCAAUUUCCAGACCACGAAAACCACUCUUCACCCGUUCCCCUAAGUUCGAUUGUUGUUUUCGUCAGAAAGGUUUGUUUUCAGUUUACUUUUAUUAGAGCAGCUCUGGCUUAUCUACGUAUUUAGGUCAAGGUCAUAACUUAAGCAUUUGUGGAUUGAUUUUUUUUAUUUUAAGUAUGUGGGUAAUUCCUUUAAAAAUGUAGUUUAAUUUCAAAAUCGGACCACCUGGCUUUUUCUAAUCGUAUUGCGGUGCAGUUUUGGGGCACUUGUAUGUUUGAUUGCAUGUUUUCAGGAUAACUCGAAAUCAUUAAUAAUAUUUGUUAGGCAAGCAACGGUUAUAGAAACAAAGUUCAAGUUCAAAUGUGGGUAUCUUAUCAUGUCCCCAAGUUGCUGCGGAGAGUUGUAUAUUUUAGGGGGUUUGUUUGUGUACAAUACAAUUCUAAAAACACGAAUGGUUCAUGAUACUUAUUGGUUAGUUAGGGACAGAAAGGCACAGGUCAAGUUUGAUAAUAGGCCUCCUGACGGCUAUUUUAUGUAUUGGGGUAACGUUUCAAAGUUUGAGGUAAAAGUUUUCGGAAGUGCUAGGUUGAUAAUAAUUUUAAAAGAGGUCGAAAGGUGUAGAGACUGGGACUAUGUGGUGUAGCUUCUAGCAGCUUCUUUGCAACUGUUCUUAGAGGUUUUUUUGUUUCAGAUUGCAGAUUUUGUUUCAGAUUUUGUUUGGUUGCAAAUAACUGGAGUAUGGGUUGGAUGGUUUUUCAUUGUUUAAGGUAGCGAGGUGUUCAGGUGUAGAUGGGAUACAUAUGCAAAUUGAGAUCUAAUUUACAUAAGAAAUUAGGUAAACACCUCUGAUGGACUUGAUAUUACAUGUCCCAAAAAUCCGAGACACAUCUGGCACUGGAAUGUAGAAUAUAGUUCAACCUGCAACACGAUCCGGUGCCUUGAAAACAGACGCUGGUUUAAUGUAUGUAGCUUUAAAAAUAUGCAGGCUAAAGGUAUGGCUUCACUCUUUUUUAGCUUUGUUUUAGUGUCGACAUGACCAGGAAUGUUGCUUACGCCGCGCCAUCGAUCACAUCGGGGCCUUACGAAGUAUUCAGAGACCCUAUGAAGAUACUAGUAGAUGCAGAAUCCAUCACGGUUGGUGUAGACGUAGCAACAUGACAGUUUUAGCUGUAGUUCGAUGGUUUUCUGAUAAUUAAGUUUGCAUUGCAAUUUUUUUUCUAUUUGUCCUAAACAUUCUGAAAGCAUGUGGCAAAGAUGGUCUACAGGACAACGCAAAUAAUCAAUCUUAAUUAAAUAAACGGACAGUCUAGCAAGAUUAUAGACAAACUCGCCCUUGGUUGCGAUUAUGCAGAUAUUCAGACAACGGAAAUUGCUUAUUCAUAUACAAGUAUAUUUGCAUAUUCAUAUCAUUCCCUCCUUAACAACAUAAAACAAAAUAUCUACACCUAACAAAAGUAUGUAUACUCUAUUUUGCUUUUAUUGACGUGUUAUCAGAAAGAAGAUAAACAUAACAUAAGAAAUAUGCUAGAUAAUAAUAGACAAGCCGUUGUGGCCUGCCCCGUGAUCUCCCCCGACAACAUAAAUUGUAUGAUACCAUAUAUUAUACAUUAAAAUAGAAAUUGUUAAAUAGUACAAAUAAUAUUAACAACUAUAUUAACCCUCAACAGAACACCU